AUGCCUAAAAGUGACAAUAUAUUUUUAAUUGUACCUGUAUCAAGUGGCAUAAAAUUAUUAAGCAUGAUUCAUGAUUUACGACAAAUAGAUUCUGUCUUUCUAUUUUCUAUUGAAGCUGAAUGUGAGAAAUAUGAAGAUUUACUUGACAAAUAUUCCAAACUCAUCGGCAUAUUUGAUCAGUACACUAAUUUAUUCCAGUCUUUGAGAGAAAAUAUUGAAUUAUGUAUUCAACAAGUCGAAUCUUUUAAAUUCUAUGAACAAAAUCAAAAGUCGACUCGUGAAUUGUCGAAAGAGUCUGGCUCAUUUCUUUGGUUACGAUUAUUCAAAGAUGUCGUAUUACAUCUACCACAUGAUGAACAAGCAAAGAAAGAAAUGUUCAAAAAAUUAAAAGAGUAUUAUUAUAAUAAUAACAAACAAUUGAAAUGGAUCGAUAAAUUCGAUACACAAUACAAAUCCGAAGAUGCCAUUCGAUGGUAUACUAGAGAACCAUGUUUGUACAAACAACUGAAUCGUGCUUUGCGCACCGAAGAUAUCGAAUUGUUGUAUACAUUUCGUUAUUUUAUUGCUGAUCUGUCAAAACAACUAUCACAAGAGUAUGAAAUACUAAGAGAAUCGUUCGAUUCGAAAAUAAAAUUCUAUCGUGGUGUUAUUAUGUCUAAUGAAGAAAUUCAUAAAUUGAAGCAAAAUGUUGGUAAACUUAUAUCGACCAAUGGAUUUCUCUCUACUAGUCAAUCCAAAGACGUUGCUUUAAAAUAUACAGAUCAAUCAACAACUCAACAACAAAAUGUUUUAUUUGAGAUUGAAUACGAUUUUCAAAAGAUCGAUUCGAUAAUCGCAGCAAGCAUAGCACAUUUUAGUCAGCAUCCAAAUGAGGACGAAGUUUUGUUUGAUUUGGAUGCAGCAUUCAAAUUAUCUUGUGUUACUAGAGAUGAUUUAUUAAACGUUACGAGAGUCGUAAUGGAAAUAACCGAUGAAGGAUCAGCAAUAGCACAAGAGCAUACGAAUGAGAUCAGAAAAGAUAUGAACUCAUCUAGUCCAGUGCUCGUAUUUGGUCGACUAUUAACCAUAAUUGGUGAACAUGAUAAAGCUCAACGAUACUUUGAUCGAUUACUAGAGAAUCCGAAUGGACCAAAUGAGGAAUUUAUCUAUUAUUACAUGGGUCUCGUUCAAUAUCAUAAAGGAAAUUACGAACAAGCUCUACAACAUUAUGAACAUUCAUAUAAAAUAAUGAGUAAUGAUAUUAAUUCACGCGAAUUCGCAUUAUCCUAUGUAUUAAAUGAUAUCGGUGCAGUUUUUAAAAUCCAAGGCAAAUACGAUGAAGCUCUAGAUUAUUUUAUGCGUGCUCUUGAAAUUCGAAAGAACUACUCAGAUUACACUGCAAUAGCAACAUCUCUCGUAAAUAUUGCAGUAAUUUAUCGAUUAAAAGGUGAAUAUGAUCGUGCAUUAGAAUGUUCAAUGGAAAGUCUUCGUAUAAGAGAAGCAUAUCUUCCUAGCGAACACACAGAAACAGCGAAAACUCUAAAUAAUAUCGCUGAAAUAUUCACGGAUAAGGAUGAACUUAAAACUGCUUUGGAAUAUCAUGAAAAAAGCUUGAAGAUGAUGGAGAAAUGUUUACCUGCAGAACAUGAUGAUAUAGCAUCAUGCUUGAAUCGUAUCGCUCUUGUUUUAACACAUCAAGGAAAAUAUGAUGAAGCUUUAGAUUAUUACAUGCGUGCUCUAAAAAUCAGAGAACAGGCCUUACCAAAAGAACAUCUGAGAAUGGCUACAACUCUAAGUGACAUUGGAUAUGUUCAUUAUUCAACAAAAAAAUACAUUCUGGCUUUGGAAUAUCUUGAAAAGGCCUUGAAAAUACGCGAGACAUGUUUUUCUGAUAUCAAUGAUAUUGGUCGAGUGAAUAUUUUCACAUAUAUAGGCUUAACUUUCAUUAAACUACACCAAUAUCGUGAUGCAUUGACAUAUUUCAAGCAUGCACUUCACGUGGGCAAAAUUGUCUAUCCGAUUGGUCAUGUGAAGCUUACUGAUUGUUUUAUCAAUAUGGGUAUUGCUUUUCGUGAAAUGGGUCAUUAUGAUACGGCAUUUGAAUAUUUUGAAAAUGCAUCAAAAAACGAAGACCAAAAUUCUGCAAAGCCUAAUCCUAUCAGUUUAGCUCGCACAUAUGAUAGUAUGGGUAUGUGUUUAUGUGAUCAAGGUGAUGAUGAACAAGGUUUGGAAUAUCGAAUGAAAGCUGUUCGAAUAAUCGAGAAAGUUUUUCCUCGCCCUCAAUACGCUGAUUGCAUAGAUCCGAUUGGCCAUGCAUUUUUCACCAAUGAAAAAUAUGAUUGUGCUUUAGAAUGUUUUUUUGCAAGCUUGACUAUAAGAGUUCAAUGUCUUCCAUCAGACCACAUCGACAUAGCUCAAAGCUUCCUACUCAUAGGUGACGUUUUUUUCGAAUUAGAAAAGAUUGCUGAUUGGGAAAGUAUUGAACAAUAUCGUAUUAAGGCGCGAUUUUAUUAUGAACAAGCUCUGGCCAUUUAUCGAGAAAAACAACACGCUAAUACUGCCUAUGUUUUGCAUAGCAUUGGGUCCAUUUAUGAAAAUAUACAUAAAUAUCAUCGUGCGCUUGAAUAUUAUUAUCAAGUAUGGGCAUGGUACCAACAAUAUCCUCCAGCAGAAGACUCAGAUAGAGAGAAAUGUGAACGUAGUAUUGCUCGUGUGAAAUGGUUCAUGCUGUAG